GCCGGGUCGAUCGGCAGUUAGUCGGCCGGGACGAUCCUCCGGGUCCUCUCCUCGCCGGUGCGUUCGAGCGGAAUCCUCGCCUCGCGUAGCUCGCACGUCGAUCUUUCUUGCCCCUCGCCUGCUCCUCCACCCUCCUCGUCCACCCUUUCCUUCUCUUCGCAUCUCUCACACUCUCGUCACGGCUUCUUCCCCUUCCUUCUCACCUCCCACGAUCCUAUCUUUCUCGGUUUGCUCCUCGAACGGUGGACGUAGUAUUUCCUGGUGAUCCGUGAUGCGCACCACGAGGCUCUCGCGCUGAUGCGCACGGAAACAUUGCCAGCCUCUUCGAAGUGAGCAAUUGAUGAGCGAUCGAGCCAUGGGCCGCACAGGAUACACGUGCAUCAGGCACGUCUUUUGCUCCGUCAACGUUCUAAUCUGGUUAUGCGCUUGCGGAAUUUUGGGUGCAGGCCUUUGGCUGCGGUUGGCUUAUUCCGGAUACGCGACCUUGGUGCCGCAGUAUAGCUUCGUAUCAGCGGAUUCGCUGCUACUCGCCGCUGGAUGCGUCACAUUCGUCAUCGCCUUCUUUGGAUGCUGCGGCGCGUGGUUUCAGUCUAGAUGCAUGCUGAUCACGUACUUCAGUUUGGUAAUACUCAUGUUUCUCGCCGAGUUCAUGCUGGGAACUUUGGCAUUCGUAUUCAGAGAGCAUCUUGCGAGAAGCUUAAAAGAGGAAUUACUAUACGGCAUCGAGAGGCAUUACAAUAUCACUAGAGAGCCAGGAACACUUUCCGCCAUGUGGGACCAUAUACACACGGAGUUUCACUGCUGCGGUGUACGCGAUUACACGGAUUGGUUCCAAAUCGAGGCGUGGCCGGAAGAGGAUCGGGUGCCCGAUUCCUGCUGCGUGCAACGGGAACGUUAUUGUGGUCGCCUGGACGCGGAGGGUCGCAACAAGGAGCUCUGGUACAAGGACGGAUGCGCAACCGCCAUUCAGAUGUGGCUGGUGACCAGACUCCACAUAGUGGGCACGGUGGGUCUCGUCGUGGCCUUCCUUCAGCUGUUCGGCCAGGUGGCCAGCAUGAUACUCUUCUGCACGGUCAGGCACAAGAGAUCAUCCCACACGUACAAGAGCUACGAUACCACCAAUACCUAGAAUUUCCGAUCGAUCUUAGACGAGACCACCGUCUAAGGUCGAUAACACCCCGCCCUCGCGAGUCUUCGAUUUCCGCUGCGCGCAGCGGGAGUGAGUCUCUUCGAAAUCGUCGGGAUCGGUCGUUUCUCCGAGAAGACCCAUUCUCGGAGAGGAUCCUGCCGAUUUCGAUCGCGUCGCAUCCGCAUGUAUUUGUAAAAAGUAAACAACCACGAGGGAAACGAAAAUUUGUUGGGAAAGAACGAAAAAGAAACGCAACUGUUACGUUAUUGAUGAUUAUUGAACAUUAUGCAUUUACAUAUGCGGUAUUUUUACGCUGAUGAAGACACAUUGACGUAUAGUUGACCAAAAAGUUUCCGCUGUGUACCAAAAACUAUAAUAGGUAUUUAAUUGUUGGAUUUCUCCUUAGUCCUGAUAAUGUUUCUUACAAUUUCCAGUGAGUAACAUCGCGAUAUUUAUAUGUCGGUUGUUAAUUAUUUAUGUUUUUAAUUCUCUUAGGCAACACAUGAUCUACGCAUCCUUUUACGCAAUAUUUAUAGUUAUCUGCAAAGAUGGCACCUGGCAACAGAAAAGUUAAUAUGUAUAUGAAAAUAAUUUAUAUAAUGACGAGGAUCAGUUUCAUGAUCGAUCAUUAAAUUGCAAUUUUCUAAAGGAACAAGUUGAUCCUACUUUCAUAAUAAUGAAGAUGACUCUAAUCACUGUAUACUCAAUAUUCAUCCAUUUGAAAUGAUCAAUCUUCAUUUUACAAUAACUAAUUACACGUCGCAUCGUUUCUUGACGUUAAUGAUUAGAAGCACUUAGGUAGAUAAUGUGCAUGAUUAUGUGAUUUAGUCCACGUACUCAAUAGAAAUCAUAGAUCAUCAACUAUCUUUAAUAUCGUAAGCAUGAAUAAUUUGUUAAGAUUUUUUUGUAUUCAAUAUAUAUAUAGAGAUAAAUAUAUAAAUUUAGUAAAUUAAAAUAAAUAUAAACUCUCUGUUAUUCUCAUAUGUUAUAUGAUAUUGACGAAGCAAUCGAUUGAAUAUGACAAGUUAAACGAUGUUAAAGACUGUAUAAUCCAGAAUCGAAAUGAUAAGACGACACAGUGAUGUAUUAUGUAUUGAAAAAAUAAAUUAUUAUUAUAUAAUAAAUAAUAUAUUUAUAUAACUA